AUGAGCAUGGAGCAUGGGCAAAACUCCCGCAAGCUCCCGCUCGACAAUAAUCUUACUGGGAACGAUGAACAAAAGCAGUGCACUAUUGCUGUUGUUGCUACUGCUACUGCUGCUGCUGCUGCUCUGCGGACCACAUCAUUCAUCAAUCCCCCAAUUCUUGCCAGUCUGCCUGCUGGACUGCCAUCCGCCAUGUCGAAGCAACACAUCGGCCAGCGACACCGUUCGUCGGUGGCAUUGAGGAACCGACAGCGUAGUGCCCACUUCAAUGAGCAGCGCGCCCCCGCACCACCACCACCGCCCGAGCCCGAGCUGCCGCUGGACUUUGAGACCUUUCUGCAAUACUCAGCCAGCUGGAGCGAGCCCGCUGCGCCCACUACCAGCACCACCAGCACUUUGCACCGAGUACGCACGAGACUACGACAGCUUUUCUCGCGAGACCUGUGA